UUUGCCGCAUCGAGUAGAGCAGGGACCUGCAUUUUUGUAAUUUUCCUCAAUAAUUUGCUAAUUUAUUCACCAUUUCAACUAUUUGGAUUAAAGUCCCUCAUUCCAACUUUCUUGUCAUCACCAUAGGUCUUAUUUUUAGUAACUAACUAACUUUCACCUGAUAAAGAACCCCGAAUAGUUUUUGUGAGCAGUAACGAAAAAACCGUCACAAAAUGGUGGCGGAGGACAGCGUCGUGUCCGAUGAGGAGGACGCCCUGCUCGACGCCAAAGCCCUCAAUGCGCAGAAGCAGCCGGUGAAGACCCACGCGGAGGCUUCGACCCAGUAUGAGACGGAUCCGGAGCCGGCGGACGCGGAGCCCGGCGGUAUCAAGAUGAAAAAUCCCCCCUCCCCAUAUCAAAACGGAAUUUCUGAUGCUGGAUUUGUGUACACAAAUCAGCUUUGUAUUGCAGAGAGGCAUUGCGGCCAGAUCCCCAGGCUAGGUAGGGGCGUACGGGUCUAGUUGUUCAGCAUGGCAGACGGCUCCCCUUUAGCCCCAACAGCAUGACAAAUCGCUUCCACAAUGGGGCGGAAGCUUCUGCCCUUCUCUUCUUGCAAGACAAAUGCGAUCUGCGACCUCAAAUCAGCAACGCAAAUUUUCGGAAACAUACCUUUUCAAUAUGGGGAGGGGGGAUUUUUCCUUACGAUAGGCGGGAUACUAAAUUUUGACGCGAUGAACCCCUGGAAAUUCUACAAGUAUUGAUUUGUGAUUGAUUUCAUCGUGGUUGUUUACGAUGUUUGUUCAAAGAGAUUCUAAUUGACCACUGGCGUAAAUCAAAAGUAGUAGAUAUUUUUGGUCCAACACCCUUUAUUUUAUUUUAUUUCCGAACGCAACUACAUGCUAGGCUGCGUAGUGAAUAUCAAAAACGCAAUGUAUCAUCGAUUUCAAAAUUUGUACAACCGAAUAAAAUUGUACACAAUAUUAAUAACAUCAGCCGUUCCAAGCGGAUCCUGGGGUGGCGGUUAACCGCUUUGAUCUCUAUCACUGCCAUCACGCUCCGCGGCGCGGCCUACGCCAUGACCUACCGGUGUUUCGACUUUGGCAUGCGGUUUUACGGGAUCGACGGCCCCCGGACGCAGAUCUACCACAACAUUCUUUCCGGCGUCUUCAUGUUCCAGCCGCUGUGGGGGAUCAUGUCGGAGUCUCUGCCCUUUGUCCACCGAAAGUUGCCGUUUUGUCUCUUCUCGAGCGUGAUUGCGAUUUCCGCGAUUUUAUCAAAUGUAAAAGUGUCUGGGUCUGGAAGAUUAAAACUUGUCAUGCUAAAUCUGAAGGAGGCAAAGAACUGUGUUGCAUGAUUGCCAAGAAAAGUUGCGCACUUUUGAGCUAGUCGGGAGGCAGUUUCUCAUGCAGGGUAGGCAUUGGAAAGGACCCGCAGAGCCUGUCAUGCUAUGUCCUACAUAUCAGACCUCAUGGGUCAUGGAAAAUAUGCAUGACAAAUCUUGAAAUCUUCCAGACCCAGACACUUUUGCAGUUGAUAGAUUUUCUACGCGGCCAUCCGCGGGAACGUAUCAAAGUGAAAAGUCCCCCCAUCCCAUACUCAAACUAGAAAUUUGUGAUGCAGAUUUGUGGCCACAAAUCAGCUUUGUCAUGCUAGAAGAGAAAAGAUGCGGACUGUAGUGCUGGUUGGCGUGGGAAAGCCUUGCAUCUUCAGCAUGACAGGGGGCAGCUGGAAGUGGGAAACAGCAUGACAAAUUGCCUGCAACCGAGGCCACAGCUGCGUCUCUCGCCCUUCUAGCAUUACAAGUCGACUUGUGUACUCAAAUACAGCAUCACAAAUUUCGUCUUUGAUAUGGGGAAGGGGGAUUUUUCCUUUUGAUAGAACGGCCUGUAUGAGCACGACCGGGAGAAGUCGAGCUUCAAGUCUCUAUCAAUUGCAAAUAUGUCUGGGUCUGGAAAUUUGUGAUGCAUGUCAGUGAAAAGAAAGCACACUGGUGUAACGCACUGCCAGGCAUGACAGAUUUUUCCGCAGCUCUGUGUUGCGCAUUCCGCAUGAGAAGCAGCCACUUCGCAUGACACAAAAGAGGUGGAGCUCUUCGCGGUGACGCAAUACAGAGCUUAGUGUCAUGCCCGACUAGCAUGACAAAUCCCGCAUCCUUCCAGACCCAGACAUGUUUGCAGUGCAUAGUCUCCGAGUGAGAGCAACCAGUACCUGCGGGAAUCCGCCAUUCCGGUGAUGGUUUUUGUUUUCGCGCUGAGCGCCGGGUUUUUGCAGAACGCGAUCUAUGGUGAGCAAAAACGUCCCCACCCCAGAGUCAAAAUGGCAAAUCUGCUACACAAAUCUGCUAGCUUUGGCUGUUUCGCACGACAAAUUUGGGCUCGCAGUGUAGUCUUGUGUAGCUAGUGGAGCAGCAUCACAGAUCUAGCAUACCGUGCGGAUUUGAGCAUCACCAAUCGCAAAACACCAACAGAGACUGCUUCUCGUGGGUCUCCGCAUGCGAAACAUUUUCAGCAUGCAGAGUUGCAUUACAACUCUGCGGGUGGGGACGUUUUUAGAAGUGAUACGAUCUGCGGGCUGUUUAUGGACGCGAGGUACACGGACAUCAUCCGGAAACGACCCAAGUGCGGGUAUCCUAAGUAAAAACGUCCCCACCCCAGAGUUGUCAUGCAGAAUUGCAAGGACAGGCACACUUGUAAUGCGCAUCCCCAAGAGAGGCAUUUUCAGUCGUGUUGUGGCAUUUGUAAUGCUGCAAACAGGAUAAGGGGACGGCUUUGUCAUGCGGCUUCCCUUGCUCACCAGCACUACAAUACAGCGAGAAACUUGUCAUGUCCCGUAGUUGCACAGUCUGUUUAUGUCAUGCGUGAUUCCCAAAACUUCUGGAUUUGUGCUGCAGAGAUUCCAACUUGACGUAUGGGGUGGGGACGUUUUUACUGAGGAUAGUGGGCCGCACGUGAUCAUGUUCUCGUGGACGCACAACAUGAUCGGGCAAUUACUCGCCAUUGGCUUGAUCGGGUGGAUGAUCGAGCGGUAUGGGCACUUCCUCCCCAUGUACGCGAUUGGGGGUUUGUGCGUCGUUUCUCUGAUCCCCUUCCUUCUCGGCUGGCUCCGGGAGGGCAAGGACGACGGGGAGGACAUUUUUAUGGAGGACGCGGGGCGGAAGGGGAUAUGCAUUGCAAAUAUGUCUGGGUCUGGAAGGAUGUGAAGUUGUGAUGCGAAUUUCACAACACACACAAAUCUCUCAUGCAUAGGCAGCAAAAGAUGCCCACUUCCUGUCACGACCAAAGGGGGGAUUUGUCAUGCGGAUUAGGCAUUGCGACACCUUCUCGAAACCUGUGAUGCUGGGCCUUCAAUGCCAGACCUUCUGUGUCAUGCAAAAACAGCACGACAUCUUCCAGACCCAGACAUAUUGGCAUUUGAUAGGGGAGACUCGCGAACAACGUGGGCACGAGCAACCAAGACGAGGACUAUCAACUGUAAAAAUGUCUGGGUCUAGAAGAAUCCAACUUGUCAUGCUGAUUUUGGAUUCUAAAAAAAUCUGUAUUGCAUGAGCAGCAAAGAGAGUCUAAGUUUUGCUACACGGAAAGAGCAUUUGUCAUGCGGUAUAGGCAUCCGGAAGCCCUCACAAAAUCUGUGAUGCUAGGGCAUGCAUCACAGACAUCAGGAGUCAUGCAAAAUGUGCAUGACAAACCUGGCAAUCUUCCAGACCCAGACAUUUUUACAUUUGAUAAGGACCGCGCAAACGCGAUGACGACCGGCGCGGUGUUGCCGGGUGACGCGGUCGGAACGACCUAUGUGCCGUUUCGGGAAAGGAGAGAUGAAGAGGCGCCGGGGGCUUAUUUGCAAGGUAUAGAAGUAUAGCGUGAGCUACAGCGAAGUAGUUUUUUCUGAGAAAUUGUAGGAUGAUCUAACUAGUCGAAGAAGAACAUGUUUCCUUUUUGCAUCAACUUUUGUUCGGUACUUCCGUUAGUCGACGAACUGUUGCAUAAGACAAAGCACACGACGCGCCCAAUUGUAGGCGGUGAAAAAUAAAUCCUUUUUUUAUACUAACAGACCACUCCGCAACGGAAACCGCUCCCGAAGACCAGACCGGGUACUCGUCCGCCGGCGGUGGCGCCCGAAGCUCCGUUGCAGGGGAACUUGAAGAGAAGUCCCGGAUCCCGAACGAAAUUGUUUUUCUCUCCCUCUACAUCGUCGGCGUUUCCGUGGGGAUGAUUGUUCUGUCCAUCGCGAAGCUCACCCCUUUAAACACCUGUCUGAUUUCCUUCCUCAUGUCGAUUUCCGCCAUCGGGGUUGCCGCUUCCGUCCUCACCCCGGUCAUCGCGAAGGUGUAUCGUAUCUAAAAACGUGCCCACCCCAUAGUUGUAACGCAAAUCUGCAUGGUGAAAAUGUUUCUCAUGCGGGGCCCCAUGAGAAGCAUUUUCUCGCUGUGUUUUGGAAUUUGUCAUGCUACAAUCAGCAUGGUACACGAGAUCUGUGAUGCUGUUGAGCUAGCUCAAACAACACUACACUACGAGCCCAAAUUUGUCAUGCAGAACAGCCAAAGCUUGUAGAUUUGUCUUGCCGAUUCCCCAUCUUGAAUAUGGCGUGGGGACGUUUUUCCACGGGAUAAGGUGGUGGUGUUCUUCUAUUUCGGCACCUUUUUCACCUUCACGAUCGACGGCGCGGUCUUCUACUUCAUGAUCGACAGCAAGGAGCAGUACCCGGAAGGCCCGUAUCAAAUGCAAGUAUGUCUGGGUCUGAUGACAUGUAAAGUUGUGAUGCUAAAUUUGGAUCGUGGAGAAAUUUGUGUUGCAUGAAUACCAAAAGUUGUGGUCCACUUUUGACAAAGUUGAGAGACAGUUUCUCAUGCAGGAGUGGCAUGGGAGAGAUUCCGCAGAAUCUGUCGUGCUAGGUUCUGUAUCACAAAGCUCGUGGGUCAUGGAAAACCUGCAUCACAAGUCUUGCUAUCUUUCCACGGAGAUUUGCAGUUGAUAGCCCGGGUUUCUCCACCAUGUUCGUCGCGACCUGGCUCCCGCUCUUCUCCAACGUGAUGAACCUGUUCGGGUUCUGGUUCUACUCCAGCUACAUGCAGAACGUGCGGGUGUACACUUUAAUGUACGCGUCCUAUCAAAUGCAAAAAUGUCUGGGUCUGGAAGAAUGCAACUUGUCAUGCUGAAUCUGAAGCAGGCAAAAAUUUGUGUUGCAUGAUUACCAAAAGACGUCCACUUUUGAGCAGUUUGACAGGGAGUUUCUCAUGCAGGAUAGGCAUGAUAGACACCUCACAGCGUUUGUCAUGCUAGGCUCUGCAUUCCAGGCCUCAAGGGUCAUGGAAAAACUGCAUCACAAAUCUUGCACGCCUCCAGACCCAGACAUUUUUGCAUUUGAUACGUCCUCCGCGAUCGCGAUGGUUUGUAACCUGGCGGGGGCGCUUAUGGAAGUGUCAGGUUUGAAAUCGUCAAAGUUGAAAUAAUUUGUAAUGCAUAAAAUGCAUGACCCGAGGUACGUGUGUUGCAGAGCAGGCAAGUGAGGCCGAUUGUCAGCCUGUUUGGGGUUACAGAUCGAGCUGGUAAAGUAGCAUGAGAAAAUCGCUUUUCUUUGCCUAAACAGCAUGACAAACUGGAUUGAGGGACCACCGAAAUUUGUCAUGCGCCACUUGAAAACUGGGUUCCAAGUGGCAUCCAUUUUAUGCAUGACAAAUUAUUUCAACUUUGUCGAUUUCAACUCUGACACAUCCAUAGCGCUGCAGUUCUCCCGCGUCAUUCCCACGCCCGCGAUGGACCAGUUUUUGAUCCUCAUGCUAUCCUGAGUAAAAACGUACCCACACCAGAGUUGUAAUGCAGAUUUGCAAAGACAGGAAGACUUGUAAUGCGCAUCCCCAUGAGAACCAUUCCCAGUCGUGUUUUGGAAUUUGUGAUGCUGUGAACAGGAUGAGCAGAUGAAUCUGUGAUGCGGCUGCACAUGCUAACCUGCACUACACUACGGACUGCAACUUGUGACGCGUGACCCCAAAAGUUCUCCGUUUGUGUUGCAAAAUCCCCAUCUUGACUCUGGUGUGGGGAUGUUUUUACUCAGGAUACAUGUCCGCCGCGGUGUACGAGUUCACGCACGUGUGGUUUCUGAUGUCGUUCUUCGCGCUGAUGUCGCUACUCUGCCCGCGAAGACUCGAAGCCGUCAUGUUCGCUUUGUUGCAUUCGGUUACGCUUAUGGGAUUUGCGCAGGGACGGGCGAACGGGGCGGUGGUGUUGGAUUUCUUAUCUAUUCACCCACGGGCGGAAGAGGGGGAGUCGGCGCAGUUCAAAAAUCUCUGGAUCGCGGCCUUGAUUCACAGCGUGAUGUCGUUCAUCCCGAUCUUGCUUUUACCCUGGCUGGUGCCCAACAUCCACCUGACGACCAACAUGGCCCAGAAGGACGCGGUUUCCGGGUCGGUGUACCGGUCUUUUUUAGGGUUGGAAACCGAGUUUGACGGGGAGGGCAACGUACUAGGUCACGGGAACAACGACGAGCAUCAGAGGGGGAAUAACCUGUAUCACAGCAAAUCGUCCACUCUUAUGGCCACUACAAGUCCGGAAGACGAAGAAGACGGUGCAGCUGCAUUGCCGUCCCCGUUUGCAAAGAACCGAAAGAAGAAAUAAACCGAUCUUGAAGAGCAGUAUAGGUAGAUCGGACGAGGCUGUAGUUCUGAUAGGCCGCUGUCAAGAUGAACUAAUGGUCCUGUUUGAUGCCAGAAGCAUAGCUAUGUGGAAGAAAUCUUGAAAUUUUCGCUUUCAACACGCAAUUAUCAAUUGUCUAUUUAUCGUUUUAUUUAUCCCCGUUGUACCACUAAAAUUACGCAGAAAUUGUACUAAGAUUUUAGGUUUGAAAACCCUUUCUGUAUCCCCGCUGUAAUUCUUGUACGAUUGAAAAAAUUCAUGAAUGAAAUUUGUUCGUGAAGAAGUAGAAACGAGCGCCAGUGUCGUGUUUUUCUCCUUUCGAUCUUUCAAAAAGGUUGUACCAGUGCUGUGCGUGUAGCUUACCUCUACUGCGUCACCUCGUGCUUGACGUGGCAAGAACAGCACGAGGUUUUGCGAAUCAAAGUGCACAAAAUAAAUCUUCUGAGGGGCGAAGGAGGAAAUAGCCACCUUGCGAAAGAACUAAAAAACUCCUUACAAUCGUCGCUGAGCACCACCGUGGGACUGCUGUUCCCAGCACCUGCGUGCAGGUGCAGUAUCGAAAAC